UUCGGCCAAAGAGUAAAUUUUUGAAAUCUGGGCUCAAUUCGGUAUUACAGAGUCGAUACUAAGCAAGGGAACAUAAGUUCUCUUGUACUAAGCGAUUAGCGUCGUUAGUCAACCAUGUCCUUACUUCUUCAAGGAGUUCCGCAAGACGAACGAGGUGAUUUGCCAGGUUACCUAAGCUGUCAGCCAAGGUUUAGCCAGGUUACAUUGUUAACAAUUACCGAAGAGAACAAUAUGGCGACUCGCGGAGUGAUUUCUCGUGAACCUAAAGAUCCCCAAGAAAUGUACAAAGAGGCUUUAGAGAACGUAUCCGCUUACAACUCCAGACUCCGUUACGAGCGCCGUCUUCGCAUUCCUUUUAUCGAUGCGCAAACAGGUAUUGCCAUGAACAACUGCCAUCUAUGGAUCAGUAAACUUGAACGUCAGCCAGGACAGACGCCACAUUUCAUCUACAGUUACCCAGCUAGACGAUGGCGGAAAAAGAAACGGCCUCCCCCUAUAGAGAAGAGCAAAUACUUGAAACUGUGGAUGCCAUGGAAACUGAAGGACUACUGGAUGAGUCUGAACCUGAUCAUCCACGAGAAGCUGUGGCAGUGAAAGAUGACGGAGUGAGACUGGUUUAUAGAGAAGGGGAGGAAGAUCUACAGGAUGAUAGUGGUGCGUUAUCCACUGAUGAUGAAGAAUUCAUCGUCAGCAAGAAGAGACCUAUCAGCAAAGGAAGGCCAGGACGCAAAAAAUCCCAUCAACCCAGUAUAUUUCCAGAGACACCAGUCCACCAUAAACCAAUCCCCCAAAUCCCUGGCCUUCUCCAUGUGCGCAAUAUCACCAAGGAGGAAUUAGCCAGGAUGGAUCCAGAGGAGAGAAAAAAACCCUAUGUGUGUGAGAUUUGUGGAAGGCGCUACAAAAAUGGCCCUGGAUUGAAAUACCACUACACCCACUAUAAUCAUGAACAGGAGGCUGCCGCUGGUCCAGUAACACAUCAUGAGGAGCCAACAAUAUCACACCCAUCAACACCUGGGGCCACCAGUGUUCCUGUUGAGUCUCCAAAGGUUCCUGCGUCGCCUCCGCACCAAAGAGGUCCAGGACGACCCAAGAAGGCUCCGGGUAGUGGCACUUCUCCUAAUAACUAUUGCGACUUUUGUCUGGGUGAUGUGUAUGAGAAUAAAUCAACAGGAUAUCCUGAAGAACUAUUAUCUUGUGCAGACUGUGGCAGAUCAGGCCAUCCUUCUUGUCUUCAGUUUACUGGCAAGCUGACAGAGAGUGUGAAAAAAUACAAAUGGCAGUGCAUUGACUGCAAGUCCUGUACACUCUGUGGAACUUCCGAUAAUGAUGAUCAGCUCCUGUUUUGUGACGGCUGUGACAGAGGUUAUCACAUGUAUUGUCUCAAACCACCGAUGCAAAAACCACCUGAGGGUCACUGGACAUGUGCUCUCUGUGGAACUGCUCCUGCACCCACAGCCCCAGCACCUUUGCCCCCUCAUAUGAUGAUGAAACCAGAGUGGCACUGAAAUGAUAGUAGCAUGUUUUAAGAAUUAACUGUGAGUCAGUCUCCGCUCAUGAAUGUGGUCUUUGGUAUGCCCCCUCAUAUGAUGAUGAUGAUGAUGAAACCAGAGUGGCACUGAAAGGACAGUAUCAUGUUUUAAGAAUGAACUUUGAGUCGGUCUCUUAUGAAUGAGGUCUCUGAUAGUCAGUGGUAUGUUUUAGUAAGUGUUAAAUCAUUUAUGAAUGAAAAGGUUUAGUAUACAUGUAAAAAGUAAAAGGUUUUGUUGCCUGUAAGAAGUUGGAGAGGGCUGUAUUGAAACUUGUUAGGUCGUUAUGGGUUCAGAAAUCAUCAGCAAAAAAAAAUUAGACGUCAGAAAAAAGGAGACAGCAAAAAGUGAAACUACAUUGAAGACCCUCAGAACUCAUCCAUUUUUUGUCUUCAUUGUUUUGUUUCAGUCAUAAUACAAAUGCUCUUGUGAUUGGUGUAAAUACUCUGAGUAUAAUAAAUAACUGAAUGUUACCUCUA